GCAAACAUUGCUUAACUAGUACAUACAACUUUGAUAAUUUAGCAGAGUGAGUAUGGCAAGUAGUAAUGGUUUCGCUUACAUUUUUCUUGCAAUGCUUGCUGUAUCGUUAGCAGCAACUUCUUCAGAUGCACUCUCAACCACUUUUUACAAUAGAGUAUGUCCAAAUGCCCUUCGAACCAUUAAGCAAGUGGUAACUGCUGCUGUGAAUAGUGACCGUCGUAUGGGUGCCUCCUUGCUUCGUCUUCAUUUCCACGAUUGUUUCGUCAACGGCUGCGAUGGAUCAGUUCUUCUUGAUAGCACAUCAACUAUAAGUGGGGAGAAGGGUGCAGGUGGGAAUUUUAACUCAUUAAGAGGAUUUGAUGUAGUGGACAGGAUCAAGGCAGCGGUGGACAGAGCCUGUGGUCGUCCAGUUGUAUCUUGUGCUGACAUCUUGGCCGUUGCAGCUCGCGACUCUGUUGUCCAGUUAGGAGGACGAUCAUGGAAUGUAGAACUAGGCCGAAGAGAUGGAACCACAGCAAGUCUAUCUGCCGCCAACAAUGCCUUACCAGGCCCUGGCCUGAGCCUCCAAGCUCUCAAAGCUAACUUCCGAAACGUUGGGUUAAAUGAACAAGAUUUAGUUGUGCUAUCAGGUGGACAUACGAUUGGGGUUUCAAAAUGUAGUAACUUCAAAAGCCGAAUUUACACUGAAACCAACAUCGACCCCAAUUUCGCCAGGAAUUUAAGAGCAACAUGUCCUCGUACCGGUGGUGACAACAGACUUGGUCCAUUAGAUACCUCAGCUACAAGAUUCGAUACACAAUACUUUAAAGAUUUGGUGAACAGAAGAGGUUUACUUCAUUCCGAUCAGGUUUUAUUCAACGGUGGAUCAACUGAUGCAUUGGUGAGGAGAUACAGUACUAACUCUGCAGCUUUUGCAGCUGACUUUGGAAAGUCUAUGAUUAAAAUGGGAAAAAUUAGAGUACUGGAAGGAAGGUCGGGACAGAUUCGCAGGAACUGUAGGAGGACAAAUUAAAAUAUCACAAGAGCGGUUGGUUAAAUUAUUUGAUUGUAUGUUUGGUAUUUUUCUUUGUGUGUGUGUGUUUCUUUUUAUGGUUUUGUGAGGAAGUGUAAGUAAAAGUUUCUAUUUUGUUUAUCAUCAUCAUCAAGAAGAAAACAAUAAUUGGUGAUGAUCAUUUCGAUAAGAAUAAGAACUAUUUGUGUUUCUUUUAUUUUUCUUCAAUUCUAGUUAAAAGGGAUUGUCUAUGUA